AUGGCCGUGACUCUAGAGCAGGCCCAGAGGGUGGGCUAUACCUGCCUGAAAGCACUCCUCAGGUUCGCUUUUAUGGUCGCCAAUAACCUGGUUGCUAUUCCGUCCUACGUCUUGUAUUUAAUUGUGCUGCAGCCUCUCCGAAUAUUGGACAGUAAAAGCUUCUGGUAUAUCGAAGGAGUGUUGUUUAAAUGGCUUUUAGCUAUGGUGGCUUCCUGGGGCUGGUGGGCAGGAUACACAGUAGUGGAAUGGGGUGAUGAUGUUAAAGCAGUGUCAGAAGAUGAAGCCAUGGUGCUGGUGAACCACCAAGCGACGGGUGACGUCUGCACUCUGAUGAUGUGCCUUCAGGAUAAAGGCACGGUUGUCCGUCAGAUGAUGUGGCUGAUGGAUCAUAUUUUUAAGUAUACAAAUUUUGGCAUUGUGUCUCUAAUCCAUGGAGACUUCUUUAUAAGACAGGGGAGAACACACCGUGACCAGCAGCUCGUGUUACUCAGAGAUCAUCUAGAAAAAUAUUACAGGAGCCGCAAUCGGAAAUGGAUUGUUUUAUUUCCAGAGGGUGGCUUUCUUAGGAAAAGAAGAGAAACAAGCCAGGCAUUUGCCAAGAAAAACAAUUUGCCAUUUCUUAAACAUGUCACCCUGCCAAGAAUUGGUGCAACACAAGUAAUUCUGAAAACGCUUGUAGCGCCACAAGAGAAUGGAACUCCAUCAGGUGGAGAUGCUGUGAGAAAAGAGAGCAAAUCCAAAGGCCUCCAGUGGGUGAUAGAUACAACCAUUGCAUAUCCCAAAGCUGAACCUAUAGACAUCCAAACCUGGAUUCUUGGCUACCGACAACCAACAGUGACACAUGUACAUUACAGGAUUUUUCCAGUGAAAGAUGUACCUGCAGAGCCUGAAGCUCUCACAAACUGGCUGUAUCAACGGUUCAUUGAAAAGGAGGACCUCUUGACACAUUUCUAUGAAACAGGAGCUUUUCCACCACCCAAGGGUCAGACAAAAGCAAUUUCUCGGGAGAUGACCCUCAGUAACCUGUGGCUGGUUGCCAUACAAUCAUUUGCAUUUUUGUCAGGAGGGAUGUGGUACUGCAUCUUUCAGUAUUUGUACCGUUGCCUAUUUUAAAAGUGGAAUGGGACCUGAGGACACAAUGGGAAUCCAGGCUCUUGCAAAUGAGUAUCAUGUUGUAUGUGCAAAUGUGAAUAUUCAAGAGUAAAGGAAAAUACUGGAUGGACUUUUGCCUCUCAUUGGGGGAAUUUUAAACUCCACUAAAAAUGAAGAUCAGUAACAUAGUGACCUGAUGAUGUAUUAUUUUAAGAAUUGUCUGUAUUUUUAAAAAUGUAUACUCUCACCCACACUUAAAGAAAUUCAGCAU